CCUCACUUUUCUAACCCAAAAAAAAAAGAAAACAUAAACAACAAACAGAAAUGUUCUCUCAUAAACUGGAAAAGCAUUAAUAAAAUGGGUGUUAAACAUUUAUGGACCCUUCUGACCCCCUUUUGUGACCGAAAGCCCCUUUACGAACUACAAGGCAAAACUGUAGCUGUGGAUUUAUCUUGUUGGAUAUGUGAAGCUCAAAAUAUUGCCGAGUAUCAAGUACAACCCAGGAUGUAUUUAAGAAACUUAUACUUUCGAACUUGUUACCUUCUCUUAAUGGACGUUAACCCUGUGUUUGUAUUAGAAGGCGCAGCCCCAGAACUAAAAUAUGAUACAAUAUUAGCUCGUAAUGCUAUACAAUUUAAAGGUGCCCGACCAAAAACUGAUGGCGUUAAAACUGGGAAAGGCAGAACAAGAUUUCAUUUUGUAUUAAAACAAUGUGAAGAAAUGCUUCGCUAUAUGGGUCUGGCUUGUAUAACGGGUAACGGAGAAGCUGAAAGUCUGUGUGCGUAUCUCAAUGAAGAUGGGCUUGUGGAUGGUUGUAUCAGUCAAGAUUCAGAUUGCUUUGCUUAUGGCGCUCAAGUUGUUUAUAGAAAUUUUUCCAUUUCCACUCAAGGCACACAAGCCUCUAGUGGUGGGUCCGUUGAUGUUUAUGAUAUCAGAAAAGCCAAUCAAAACUUAAGUUUUGGGAGAAAUAAAAUUAUCGCUAUGGCUUUACUGCUGGGCUGCGAUUAUUCAGAAGGAGUACACGGGAUAGGAAAAGAAUCAGUUUUAAAAUUAUUCGAAACUGUUUCAAAUGAUGAAGUGUUGGACAGAUUGAGGUCUUGGAGGGAAAACAUAAAUAUGUUUGAAAAUUAUGAAAAGCAACUAAAUGAUAAAAAUAUAUGUACAUCUUGCGGGCAUAAUGGCAAAAUACAGUAUCAUACUAGAAAUGGAUGCAGUUCUUGUAAGACAACAAAAGGAUGUGAUCCUUUCAAAUAUAAAAAUGAACGCUUAAACAUAAAAAAUGAAGUUAAUAUGAGGAAUAAAGCAAUGAUAAAUCCUAAUUUUCCUGAUGAAGAGCUAAUAAAGGAGUUCAAACAUAAAAAAGAUAAUGUGAAGAAUUUAGAUUUAAAAUGGAAACAACCAGAUAUUGUUAGGUUUAUCAAAUUCACAUCAAAGUUUCUAGAUUGGGAAGAGUUAUACUCAUUUGAAAAAAUACUACCUACAUUAACCAGAUGGCAAUGUCGCAACCCUCAGUUGCUCAAGAACAAGAGCAAACUCAAAGGAAUCUUGAAACCUCAAAGAAUUAAAAAAGUUCGAAAUCCAAAAGGUGUUCCAAGUUACGAAAUCAUUUGGUCAGACCCCGACGAAUGUUUUAAGGGUUUAAUACCUGAAAACCAACUUUCGGAAAGCAAUAUCGACAUGGAAAAAAUUUGGUCUACCAUUGAGCCGCAACCUUUGGUGGAAGAAGCUUAUCCAGAUUUGGUUGAGACCUAUAAACAAUCGAAAAUUAAGCCGAAAAAAGUUAGCAAGCGCAAGAAAAAGACUGUCGAUGAACUGGCUGAUAAAUUAGAAAAUGUAUCUAUAACAGAGCCAAAAAUCAAAAAAUCUAAGAAGCCGAAAGUAGUCAAAAAACAUACCGCUGCUCAUAUGGAAUCUCUUAAUUCUAGCCUACAACUAUUGACAAUUGAAGAUUCAAAAAAGGCUAAAAAUCCUAGUUAUUUGAAAAAGGCGCUAAAAAAUUCUUGUUAUCAGAAAACCGUUAGAGAAAAUACUUGUUCAACCCCUGUAAAACCUAGUAGCAGUAGUAGUAACUUAGCUUUUGAUCCCGAUUUGUCAUCAUUUGGAGACGAAAGUGAUUUAGACGUAUCUGAUAUCAUUGAAGAUAUUAUUUCCAGAAGGCACAAUUUAAACAAAGUAGCUGAAGUUAUGUCCCUAGCUACUUCGGAUCCAAGAGAGCAGGAUCAUUCAAGUUUUUUUACAAACAGGGAUGGAGGUGAAGAUGUAUCAGAUAUCAUUGACAAUAUUGUUUCUAAAAAAUCCAACUUUGUGUAUGAUAAAAUAUCCCAGGAUUCUUCUGACAAAGAAGGUGAAGAUCAGGACCAUUUGAGUUUCUUUACAAAGAAUCCUGGAGAUGCCGGAGAUCUUUUUGAAAAGACUUUUAAUGAAACAUUUAAAAACUUUGAUAGUGGUAGUAGUGAUACUGAAGAGUACGAUUUAGAGGACAUAUUGUGUAAAAAAGAGGCCGAUAAAAAAGAAAAGGAUGGAAAGGCGGUUAGGAAUUAUUUUAACGAGUCUUUAGAGAGAUUAUUGAAUAAAUAUUAAUUAUUUUAUUAAAAUUUUGAUUUUUUAAAAACCACAUUGUUUUUUUUUAAUCACAAGGUCAAACUUGUAGUAUUCAAAACUCUGUUAAGAGACUUAGAAACUGUGUCCCAUCUCCUUAAUUGCACCACCUUCAUAUAAAAUGCAUUGAAAUUGUUAUUUAUCCACUUGGUAUAUAUUGUUUGGCACCCAUUUCUGAGAGCUUAUAAGGAGGAAAAAGAAAAUCUUUUUUGGGGUUUCAAUCACAUUUGAAAAUAAGGCCA